GUUGCUUUGAAAUGUAUGGAUGAUAUUCAGCAACAGUGGAUAGAGUUGUGUAGCUUAGAUUCUCAAGAACAUAAUGACCAAAGAAUGCCUGGAAAAUUUGUGUGCCUCAGAUGUUUGAGCUGAGAUAAAUUUGAGAUGUCAGAAACGCAAGCACAGUGCUUUUCCUGCUCUGGUUUUUGAUGUGCCUUGUCUUGCAGGCCACCCUCUGGUGGCUGCACCCUUGUUUAGGUGGAUCUUACAGUACAGGCCAGAGGUUAUUCCCAUUUGUCACAAGUGAAAUAAGUGCACAAGACCAGCUAGGAGAAGUUAAGGAGGCGGUACAAAGAUGCCCUGCCUUGCUAUAAAGUUUGGAGCCUCCGUUGACUGCUGUGAAGGUGUGUAGAGCUGGAAACGGUAGUAGAUCAUGCAGCGGAUAGGCAGUCAACACAACGCUGCUUCUGGCAAGGGCCUCAUCCUAGGAGUCUUUACCAGUGAGAAAGAAGAGGGGGCUCCUCAGUUCACUAAUGCAGCCGAUACCUUUGACAAACAUAUAUCUGGGAAGCUCAGAGAUUUGUUGGCCAUUUCAGGACCUCCGCUGAAGAAAGGAAAGUCACGUAUUUUUCAUGGCUUGCAUCAGGACUUUUCGAGCGUUGUAGUUGUUGGUUUGGGUAAGAAGACAGUUGGAGUGAACCCACAUGAAAACUGGGAUGAAGACAAGGAAAAUAUAAGGGCAGCUGUUGCAGCUGGAUGCCGGCAAAUUCAGGAUCUCGAAGUCCCUCGUGUGGAGGUUGACCCUUGUGGAGAUGCUCAGGCUGCAGCUGAAGGAGCCCUCCUUGGCCUCUUUGAAUAUGAUGAACUUAAGCAGAAAAAGAAGCCAGUGGUUGAUGUUCAGUUGCAUGGGAGCGAUGGAAUUGAGGCCUGGAAAAAAGGCCUUAUCUAUGCAAAGGGCCAAAACUUGGCACGAUACCUAAUGGAGGCUCCAGCCAACCAUAUCACGCCUACCAGAUUUGCUGCUAUUAUUGAAGAGAAACUCAAAGGCUUUAGCAGCAAUGUGACUGUUCAUAUCAGGGAUAAGUCAUGGAUAGAGGCACAAGAGAUGGGAUCUUUCUUGAGUGUUGCAAAAGGCUCAGAUGAACCACCAGUCUUUUUGGAAAUUCAUUAUAAAGGAAGCAGUGAUGCCAGUGAACCUCCAUUAGUAUUUGUUGGGAAAGGAAUUACUUUUGAUAGUGGUGGCAUUUCCAUUAAGCCAUCUGCCAAUAUGGAUGCCAUGAGAGCUGAUAUGGGAGGAGCAGCUACCAUCUGUUCAGCCAUCGUGACAGCUGCAGAAUUAAAGUUGCCCCUUAACAUAAUUGGUUUGACACCCCUUUGUGAAAACUUGCCUAGUGGGAAGGCAAACAAACCUGGAGAUGUUGUGAGGGCCAAGAAUGGGAAAACAAUUCAGGUUGACAACACAGAUGCAGAGGGAAGAUUGGUAUUGGCUGAUGCUCUUUGUUAUGCCCACAGUUUUAACCCAAGAGCCAUUAUAGAUGCUGCAACAUUAACAGGUGCCAUGGAUGUAGCGCUAGGAUCUGCAGCCACUGGGGUUUUUACCAAUUCACACCAGCUGUGGAACCAUCUUUAUGAGGCUAGUAUUCUUACAGGGGACCGUGUUUGGAGGAUGCCUCUGUUUGAGCAUUACACAAAACAAGUUACAGAUUGUCAACUUGCAGACGUCAACAAUAUUGGAAAAUACAGGUCUGGUGGUGCAUGUACAGCUGCUGCCUUCCUGAAGGAAUUUGUGACCAUUCCUCAUUGGGCUCAUUUAGAUAUUGCUGGUGUGAUGGCAAAUAAAGAUGAAGUCCCAUACCUUCGUAAAGGCAUGGCAGGACGACCCACGCGUACUUUAGUAGAGUUUGCUAUUCGACUGAGCCAGGACAAAAAAAGCAUUUAGACGGUCAUUUGGCAGUUGUGUAACCUCUAGCCUUAAUAUAAGUCUGAGUUAAUUCCAAAAUUGCUGAAGCAAUGAGCUGACAACCCAAUGGGUAUUGUAACAAAAUUCCAAGAGGAAAAGGCUCCACAACAUUGAAUUUUCUGCAUAUCUAAAAAUAGUACAUUAAUGAACUACAGAGUCAUUUUGUUAAAGGUUUUUACUGAUCAGGGAUCUCUUUAUUUUCUGUUUGUAUUUGGCUGAUGAAGAGAAGUCUCAGAAUUUUUUUCUACAUUUAAUGCUGAACUAAAUGUAAGUAAAUAAUCAGGCUUUGUAACUCUGAUUGAAUAGAAGAUGAAUGUCUCAAUCAAUAAAAAUAAAUUUGAAUA